UUAAACCUUAUUAGAUGAAUUUUUUGUAGCGUUUAUUUCUCACUACCUUGUGUUGUUAUAUAGUUUCAACUGCUCUGUGUAGUGUAUUUUUGUUUUAGAAAUGGAUGGGAUUUUUGGAUACGUGAAUGGAAAUUUUGAAGUAUCUUUGGCAGAUUCCACCAUGAUGUGGAUUGUGCACUAUGCCAUGAACAAAGCUCAAGAGAAGAUGAAGGCAAAAACAGGAGUCAUAGAGCGUUUGAACGAGAUAUCAAAAUUCUAUGAGUUGGCAGUGAUGCAACUUGAAGGUUGUCUAAGCAUUGUUCAUGCAGAGACUGAAAGCAGUUUUCUUGAGAGCAACCAUGAAGAGGUACUUGAUGACUUGAGAGACAUAAAAGAUCGCCUUCAAUGGCGCCUCAAAGAAUCUGAAUUAGCCAUAGUGGAGAAGGACAAAGAGUUGACACAGAGAUUAGAGAAUGAGUUGCAACUCAGGCAUGCUUUAGAGCUCAAAGAAAGACAAUUGGUUUCUUUGGGUGUCAGCAAUGGAAAUGAAACAAGUAGUCUCAAUGCUGAGAAUGAUCAAACACGAAAUGAACUUGAGGAUGGCAAUGGUGAUGGUGAUGGUGAUGGUGAUGGCGGCAAUGACGAUGGUAAUGGUUAUGGUGAUGGUGAUGGUGAUGGCGAUUUCUAUGAGUUGAGGACUAGUCUGGAUCAACAAAAGCUUGAGACACAUGACAUGUUAAGUGAGUUGGAACAUAAUGGCAUUGGCAGGAAAAAGAUUGAUGAGAUGGGUUCUGACAUAGACAUACUAAAGCAGACUAUGGAUCUUGCUUUUGUGAAGAUGCAAUCUGCACUUGCCUUGCGUGAGAUGGGCUCAAAAGAGAGGGAAUGGAAGUUGACGAUUGAAAAAAAUGUGAUGUCAAUAUUAAUUGGAAGCUUCAUGAGGGAGUUCCAAGAGGACAUUGAAGCAGAAUUGAAGAGGGAUGAGAAUCAGGUUCUGAAAGUUUGGAAGAGGCAUUGGCCACGAUUGAUGAAUGAGUUCACAAGUUUACAGCAUGAACUUGCCAUUUUCCAUGAAACAUAUCCUGAGGAUUCUGAUUGUUCAUCACUUUCUUCCCCCAUAAAGCCUUCUUCUCCAUCAAAGCCUUCUUCCCCAGAAGCAAGUCAUGAAAUGGCCAACAAGUUCUCUCAAAAGAUGGAAGAGAUGGAUAAGGCACCAGGAGAGGAAGAAAGUGAAGAUGGAAGCAACUAUGUUGCCAAGUUGAUAAAGAGCCAUGAGUCUAUUAUUCGCCGAAAGAGUGAAGAGAACAAUUUGAGUAAGCAUGGAAUAUUACAAGAGAGAAAGGCCUCAUACACCAGGAGAAGAAAAGAACUAAAUCGUGUGAGAGAAAGAAUCCAUGUUGUCACUGAAAAAUUGGACAGUUUUAUAUAUCGGAAUGCUAGACUUGGUGAAUCUCUUUUCAACCAAAGGCCUAUUCUUGAUGUGGAACCAUUUCAAGGUAGGAAGGAGGUUGCAAGUUUGAGAAGUGCUGAAAAUAAGGUAAAAGGGGUCUGUGAUGAUGGAAGUAAAAAACAGGAGGAAUUAAUUUGGGUGUCACAUAUAGAAAAGGAACAUAAUACAAUGCAAAAUUUGAUAUCAGAUAUGUGUGGUUCUAUAGAUGAUAAGGUAGAAGAAUUCAAUAUUAAAUUCUGCAAUUUUGACUUGGAGAAGCAAAUACAGGAACAUGUAUAUAAAUACUACUUAAGGGAAGUAAUCAAUGAAUGGAACGAGAAUAUUGAAAAACAAACAAUCAAAAGGAAAAUCAGAGAUGACAUAAAUUUGACUGUCUUGUCUGAGGCAGUUAUGGAUAUCAAUGCAAAUCAAGAAUUUUCCUUAACCAAGGAACAAGGUGGAGAAGCUGAGGGUUGUUGUAUACAGUGCUUGACAUGUAGCAACCAAGAAGAUAAAAUAAAUAGCACCAUAAAUGAGGAUAUAUGCAAGAUUAUCUUUAGGCAAACUGUUGACGAAUUCAACAAAGUGAUUGUAGGUUGCAAAGCAGACAGUGGCAUAAGAGAACAUAUAAAUCAGAUUGUCUUUGGUGAAACACUGAAAAUUUUUGUCAAUAUGACAAGUUUUGCUUCAAAGAAGAGAGAAAACGGCAUUCAGAAUAAUUUCCUAGAUAAGUUACAUUUUAUAACCAUAGAAAGUUUUCUGAAGGAAGAUGUGUGUAUGGUUGUAUUCAAAGCUAUGAUUAAGGAAUGGGAAUUGAAACUAGAUAACUACUAUGUGGAGAAUUACAUUAGAGAGAUGAUAAACCAAGUUGUCAUGGUUGAGACAUUGAAUGAUGCAUUUCUAUUUACCAUGGAAGUUCAAGGCAAUAGCAUAAAAGAUAAUUUCUCUACCUCUACCAUGAUGUUAAACCAAGGUUGGAAAGUUGAGGGAGAAGAGAACUUAACAAUCAUAUUAUUGGAGUCUCUACUUAGUUGUUUUGAAGCAGAGGAGAAUCUGAUGCUAAGUGCAAAGAGUGAGAUCAAGGAACAAUGCAGGGAACUUGACUUGGGUUCAGAACGUGGAGACCUCCAUGAGCAUGAAAUAUUUGAAGAUUUGAUAACUGGGGAAGAACAAACAUUCUCUUCACUCACCAGCAAGGUAGAAAAUGUUUUGCAACAAUUAGGUAUAGGCAAGGCACUUCUAAAGGAAUUAGGAACCAGCUUAGGGCAUAGUCUACGUGACUCAGAAAGUUUUCAAAGUCAGAUGUCAACUAAUGAAGAAGGUCAAUUGAGGCUGUCUUCUUCUGCUUUCAUGCCCCUUUUGAAUCUUAUACUAACAUUUGCAGAAUUUGGGGCAAUGAUAUGCCAGAAAUUUGAGAUGAUGAAUGUGAGGUUGGAGAAGAUGAAAUGUUGUUUGGAUCCUGUUAUUGAGUUGGUCAAUUGCUUGAGAAGCAAGACAUUAAUUUAUCAAAAGGCAUUCUUUAAAAGGUGCCAGAAUCUCCAAAAGGCUGAAGCUGAGGUUGAUCUUUUAGGUGAUCAAGUGGAUGCACUUUUAACAUUACUUGAGAAGAUAUAUGCCACCCUUCAUCAGCAUGCACCAGCUUUGCAGCAAUACUUUGAGGUCUAUAACAUUUUGGAGUUAAUAAAAAAAGAACUGAUUAGUGGAGCUGUUGAGGCUGAAAGUGUUCUGAUGUAAACAAAUGUGUGUUGUACUUCUUUUCUAAUUCUGUUUGCAAAAGGAGGGUUCCAAGCACAUAAAAAUUAUGACCUCCAUCAGAAAAUCCAACAGAAAAUAAGAUCUCAUCCAAUUAACUCAAACAAUCAUCAAUUUUUCUAGAAGUGAUUGGAAUGCAAAAUUGCAAGGGAGGUCAUACCAGUGGACCAUCUGUUUAUGCCAAGUGUAAAUACUUUACAGUUGUCAAUUAA